CCCAUUUCCAGCAUUGUCUGCAUUUUUAUGAAAGCAAGAUGCUGUCGUGCACAUGGCAGAACCGGAGUUAUUACACUAACAGAACGCCGUAUCCUCACUGGCAAAUCAAGAAGGCUCAGUAAAGGUGCCUGGAUGCACUCGGGCAUCAAGAAGAUCGAACCACCAGGUAGGGACCUCGAUAAAAGGUGGCGGCGAGCGCCAUUUCACGAUCCCAUUGCCAUGAUCUCGGUGAUGAUUGCGAUGAUCGUCCCGUAGAAGAUCUAGAAGGAAAG